AUGGAAAAUAAUGAAAAUAUAGAAUUAAAUGAAGAUCAAAUAUUAUGUUUAUUUAUAGAUACUAAAAAGUAUCAAAAACGAUUAGGUGUAUGUUUUUAUAAUUAUUUAAAAUAUGAAUUUUUAUUGACUGAAUUUAUAGAUAAUAGUUAUUUUACAGCUUUGGAAUCUUUGUUUAUUCAAAAAAGACCACAUAAGUGUUUUUUUAAUAGUACUAAUGAUUUAGUUGAUGAUGAAAGACUUUUAAAUUUGUUCAAAAUUUGCAAUAUACAGGCAAUUCCAUUGGAAAAAAAAAAAUAUGAUGUAUCAAAUUUAAAAGAAGAAUUAAAACUAAUAAUACCGCAUGAUGAUGAUGUAAGAAAUUAUGAUAAACAUUUAGAAUUAGAAAAUGCAAGUAAAUGCUUAAUAGUUUUAAUAAAUUAUUUAAAAAUUAAAGAAAAUAGAGAUAUACAUAAUCAAUGUAAAAUUAAUAUACAUAAUAUGGAUUUAUAUAUGAGAUUAGACAAGGCAGCUAUAAGCGCAUUAAAUAUACUUCCAAAUAAGAAAAGUAUGAAUAGUUAUAAUAAUAAUACAUGUUUAUUAAAAUUUUUAGACAAGUGUAAUACUUCUAUAGGAUCUAAAAAGUUAGUAUCAUGGUUAACACAACCACUAACAAAUAGUAAUGAAAUUAAUAAAAGGUUAAAUAUUGUUGAAACUCUUAUAGAAGAGGAUGAUUUACGUAAUAGUAUUUUUUGUAAUUAUUUAAAAAGAAUACCAGAACUAGAUAAGUUAAAUCACUAUUUAAAGGAAAUUAAUCAAAAUAAUGAAAUUCGAAUGAAUUCAAAAUAUAAUGAAGAAAUGAUUUUAAAGGAUGUUGUAAAAUUAUAUUAUGCAAUUUUAGAUUUUAAACAAAUAUAUUUUUCUUUAACAGAAAUCCAGGGAAAGUAUAAAGAUACAUUAAAUGAAGUUCUUAUCAAUCCUUUACAUGAAAUUUUAAGUAAAUUUUCCAAAUUAUUAGAUAUGAUUGAAAUAACUAUUGAUUUAAAAGAAAUAGAAGAAAACAAAGUUUAUUUAAUUUCAAAAAGUUUUGAUCCAGAGUUAGAGGAAAUAUCAAAUGAAAAAGAUGCAUUAAUGCAAAAAAUUAAAAAUCAUAAGGAGGAUGUAGAAAGGGAUAUAUUUUCUGAUAAAUGUGAUAGGAGUUAUAAAAGGGCAAAUAGAGAAGAUAUAAGAUUAGUGGAUUGUAAUACCAAUAUGUUUUUAUUUAGGGUAACAAAAAAAGAUUGUAAUAUAGUUCAACAACAAAAAAAAAAGUACAUAACUGUACGUAUGAAUAAAAAUGAGUAUCUAUUUACUACAAAUACCUUAAAAAAUUUAUGCAGACAAUAUGAGCAUUGUUUAAAUAUUUAUAAUACCUUACAAUCAGAAAUAGUAAAAAAAACAAUUUGUGCUGUUUCUACAUAUACACCAGUGAUUGAAAAAUUUAUAGAUGUAGUAUCAACAUUAGAUGUAUUAACAUCUUUUGCUGUUGUUUGUUAUAAUUCUCCCUUUCCAUAUGUUAGACCAGCAAUAGUAGAAAAUGGAGAAAACGUAAUUAUGAAAAGAUCAAGACAUCCUUUGCUAGAAUUGCAGCACAAUUUAAGUAACUUUAUACCUAACGAUAUUCACAUGAAUAAACAAAAAAGUAGACUGGUAAUAGUUACAGGACCUAAUAUGGGAGGAAAGAGUACAUAUAUUAGACAGACAGCUAUAAUAUGUAUAUUAGCUCAAAUAGGUAUGUUUGUACCAUGUGAUUUUUGUGAAGUUCCCGUUUUUAGUCAAGUUAUGUGUAGGGUGGGAGCAUCUGAUUUUCAAUUAAAGGGAAUUUCUACUUUUUUAUCAGAAAUGAUAGAAGCAUCAGCUAUUGUUAAAAAUGCAGAUAAAAAUUCUUUUAUUAUUGUUGAUGAAUUAGGUAGGGGAACAUCAACUUAUGAGGGAUUAGGAAUCAGUUGGUCAAUUGGUAAAUAUAUUUUGGAUAAAAUAAAAUGUUUUUGUUUAUUUGCUACUCAUUUCCAUGAAAUGUCUAAUAUUGCCUAUCAAUGUGAAGGAGUUAUCAAUAGACAUGUGGAAACUACAAUUGAUCAGAAGAAAAAAAAAAUUUGCUUUUUAUAUGAAAUUAAAGAUGGAGCAUCAAAUAAAAGUUAUGGUGUAAAUGUAGCUGAAAUAGCAAAAUUACCAAAAGAAGUCAUUCAAAAGGCAUAUGAAAAAGUAGAAGAACUUGAAUCAGCCGAAAAUAAAUAUUAUUUGAAAGAAAAGUUAAACAUUGAUACUUCAAAUACAAAUGAAAAUUAUAAAAAUAAAAUUUCUAAUUACAGAAAAAUUAAAGACGAAAUUCAUUAUUUAUUUUCAUCAAGUAAUGAAAAUGAAUUUAUGGAACGUUUUAUGUCUAAAAAAAAUUACCUAAAAGAACUUACUAUUUAA